GAAGUUGAAGAGCUAAAACAGCGGGAGAUUCAGUUACACAAGAUACGUAAAUGCUUUAAGUUAUUAGAUGUGUUGGACCUAAAAUUAGAAGAAAGGACAUUUUGAAACUCAUAUUUUUCAGCGAUCAUCGAUCUCUCAGAUAUUUUAAAGAAAAUUCGUUGAUGUGUUUAAUCAAUAACAGGAUUCCUGUAUCGUCUUGAAUUAAGUUGGUGCAAUGUACUACGCCAAAUAAACAUGAUAAGUGUAGCAUUUUAUUUUUUGGUUGAAUCAGUAUUUAUCCCGAUUAUGGCGGAAAUAAAUGAAUGCAGCCUCCCACCAGUAAAAUUCUAUGGCGUCAAAACAAAAAAACAUGCUUUAGCUAUCACUAAAGCUCUUCAAACACAAGUAAAGAAAAUGAAAAAAGAGAAGAUUCCUAACAGUUUUCAUCCCAGUAUACUGGGUCCAUCAAUUCAGUGGAAAAUUUUCUCUCGACAGCAAGAUGCAUUCAGCUUCUCACAUGGACAAUCAGAGGACUUGCAUGUGUUUGCAUUUGAAUCCAAAGAGCUUCAGAAACACACAGGGCAGCGAAAGUACUUGGUUACAAGCUACCCUGUCUUUUGGCAUUACUAUAUGCAACUUGAUCCGUUACAGAGAUAUCAUUAUGAGGUUAUUCCAGAGGGUGCAGUAUGCAAGCUUUAUUUCGACCUGGAGUUCCAGAGAGAUUUAAACACCAGAGCUGAUGGAGAGGCCAUGGUUGACACAUUCAUAAGAUAUGUGUGUGUCUGGCUGAGAGAGAUGUUUCAAAUACAAUGUGACAAAAGCGACAUUCUUGAUCUUGAUGCAAGCACAGAAUCAAAAUUUAGUAGACACCUCAUUUUCCAGACUGAUAAUGCUGUUUUCAGUGACAACAUCAGUGCAGGCAACUUUGUACGAGAAAUUUUCUGGAAGCUGGAAGAUCAUUUGUUUUCUCAGGAUAAUUCUCCACAGGCAUCAGAGUUUAAUGGUGUUUGGGCAGUCUCUCAGUUGGAGAUCCAGAAAGAACAAGUGCCUGUUUCUGAUGGAGAUGAAGAACAGAUAACACAUGGGCCGUCUUUCAAGGAAUUUGUGAAGACAGAUUUCCAAGGAAGCAUUUCAUUUCUUAGCAUACCACCAGAUAGCAAAUGCUGUAGUAAUCAGUCUAAUGGCAGUUUCCAUAACCAGGUACACUAUUUCCAAGAUAAUAAAAUGUCACCACACCAACUUUCAACUGGUCAAGAGAAACCAAGCAUGGGAGGCAAAGUGGAGGGCACCACAUGUUUAUGUAGUAACACUUCAGAUGAUAGAAGAGGCACAGAGGUAGAUAAUGUUAAAGGAAAUGAAAGAGGUAGUGGAUGUCUUUCUCUAUUUAAACAAUUUACUGCUGAAGAACUCCAGCAACUUUUUGUCAAGAACAAGCAUGGCAAAAAUAUCUUUUUUGCAGAUCUUGGUGUGUACACAAAGAACCGUAACUUUCGUCUCUACAAGUCUUGCAAACUGGGGAAAAACAAUCCAUUUGAAGUGUCUUCUGGAAAUAUUUUCUUUCCAAAGGAAAAGGAUGAUCAAAGCAAGGACUAUGCCAUUUUCUUGAGCUCACUUAUAGCUAAUGUGAGGUAUGAUGAUCAAGUGAGGGUGAUAUCAUUUGAAGGGGAACGUUCAAAAAGAAAACCUUCAAGAAAACUGAAUGAAACCCAAAUUCAUGCAGAAACCCUGGAAGGAUAUUCAACAUCUCCUUAUCCUGAGGUUGAUCAAUUUAUUUUUGAUCUGGUUUCUAUGGAUGACCGAAAAGGGGUCAUACGACGUUGGAUGUACUUUCCCACUCAUGAGACUCUCAAUUUUGACAUAAUAGGUUAUCGUUUCUGUUACAACAUCCAGCGCCAGCACAAAAGCAACAACAUCAGACUUGUUGUGGACUUAAAAAGGGGUGUCUGGUACCAAAAAUGCUACGAUCCAGACUGUCAGGCAGUCAACUUCAAAUCACAUGAAUUUCCUGUUCCAGAGAGCAUCCUCCCAGCUUAUUUCUUCAGAGAUGAUUUUGAUGAAAUGGAAGAGGAAGAUGAUCACCUAUGUCUGGAGGCCCUUCUAGAGGCUGAGAACACGUUAUUACAGUCAGCUUACUGAGACUUGUGGCAUAAAUGGAACUUUUUUGGUUGUCGGCUGCAAUUAUAUUCAAGUUUUAUCAAUUCCUUCUUCCCCCUCAGAACUUACGGAAGAAAAUGGAGAAAUCAUGUAUGCCUAAGCUCUUCCUAUACAGUUCGCAUCACCAGAUGCGAAGGUCUUCCUAGCUACAGCUCAGUUCUUUUGACUGGUCUGUACUGAUCGAGUUAGACUUUAUGAAUGCAGAUGAUGAGCAUCUGGAAGCAGAGAGCAAGCAGUGCACCUGUCAAAAAGAUGGUUGACCAAGAUUUUGUGUUUGCAGCUGAAAAAAAAAAUUUAAAAAUUUAAAGAGAGUGAUGUACAUACAAAUAUCUUGCACAAACUCAAACUAGUGCAAAUAUCUGUUGACAUACAGUGCAGUGGCAAUAAGCAUUACAAGUAUUUUUAAAAUAGUUUGAUUUAUCCACUUAUUUGCUCAAUUUAAGGCAAUGAUCAUAAAUACUCAAUAUUUAUUUAGCACAACAUAUAAAAAUAUAACAUUACAACGACUGGCUUAUAACUGAAGACUGUGAAGAUGAUAAUUGGUGAAGGUUUUUUUUUUUUGAGGUAAACAUAAGACCAAGAAACCUAUACAUUUUUGGAAAGGAGAAAACUUGAACUUUGCAACAAAAGUAAUGAAAAUCGCCUUU